CUGGAUUUCUGGGUGUUUCCUCGAUGGAAUGGCGGCCACGCCGCCGCCGCCACCGCCUCGACCUCCACCCGAGCUGGUAGCAGAGAUACCUUUCAAUGUUCGUCGAGGGCAAGCGAUCUUCAAGAAGUAUUGUUCCCAGUGCCACACUUUCAAAACGGAAGGCAGAGGCACAAUCCGUGGACCAAACCUCUUUGGCGUCGUUGGCUCCAAUUCUGGUAGCAAGGUGAAGGAAUGGGGUGGCAGUUUUCAACGCCUGGAGGAAUUUCGGGUGAUUUGGAGCAAGGAGACCUUGCUGUUGUGGCUCCGGCGUCCUGCUGAUGUGGUGCCUCAAAAGCGCCAAGACCGGUCCUGCAUGACCUUCCGUGGCAUGGACCACGAGGAGGAUUGUGCGGACCUUGUGGCAUUCCUUGCGAACUCCCAGGGGUGCUAGGGGGAUUUCGCGUAUCACCCAGAUUUCAAGCGCGGAUCGUUUCAAAAUCGACAGGAAAA